AUGUCGCGUGACGAGAGUGACAUUCUCACGCAACUGUCACCCAAGAUGACGGACCCACAACAACCAACAACAACCCAACAAAGCGAGAAGGAACACAGCAGCAAGGCUUGUCCCCCUCUAGCACCACGGCUGGCGCCGCCAUGGCUGCUGGAGCUCCCUGAUGAGCUACUGGAGCGUGUGCUCUCCUUCCUCCCAGCACAGGACCUCCUGCACGCAGCACAAGUGUGUCACAAGUUUGCCCGUUGCGCUGAGCAUGAGUGUCUUGCACGAUGCCGAAAGCGAGGCCUUCGCGUGCCGCGACGCCCGCGGGGAUACCUGGCAGCUGCGCCGUUCCCAAAGCGCUACUUCUACCACAUGCAGCUGUGCGUGAAUUGCCACAGGGAGGGCGCGUGGAUCCUUCGUCGUGGUCGGCGCGCAGUCCAAGUUGGCGUCGCCUGCAAGCAGUGCCUCCACGAUAGGGCGUUUCAAGCGAUGCUCGAUGCACACCACCUUACCGUUGAUGUCUACAGCAAACGCGGUGCCAAGCUGACCAAACUAUAGUGGCCUUGUUCCUGCUGCUUUGAUAACGGACGUAUCUAAUCUCGUCUUGUGUUGUGUUGUUGUCACAUCACACCACAACGCCCCAUCUUGCAACACCACUCCACAUCACCUUCCCCCCUCCCGGCGGCCAAUCUCCCCCUUCUCCCCUAGCCUCGCUUGCUUCGUCGUGUUCGCAUGUGCGUGUGGUGCUGCAUGUUUAUUGCUCGAGGAUGCUGUAGUAUUGAACAGAGUGACCUACACAGGGUG